AGGGCCAUGUCUGCGAACGAUUCUUUUGCUGCUGCUCUGCGAAAUUUGGGAGGAGUUCAUACCCUGCCAAAGCCACAGCCGAAGGAUAAGUCGGCAAAGAAGAAAAGGGGCGCCAAGAGGGGGGAAUCCGGGUCUUCCCGCCAGGAGACAGAUGGGACCGGGCAUUCAAGUGCUACUCCGGACCCGGAGGUCCCAGUUGAAGAUCAGGAGCUGGGAGUUGAUGCUGUGGAGGUGGAGAGCCCGGUCCACGAGCCGAAGAAAAAGAAGAAGAAGACCGAUUCUUCCCAGAAACAAGUGAUUGAUAUGACGGGGGAGGAUCCGGGAAAGUCUGCGAUGGAAGUGGUGGAUCUGGGGAUCGAACUCGAGGGUGGUUCCCGCCAAGCGCCCAGGUUUGGAAAAUAUCCGGUCAAGAAAGUGAUUGGAUUAAUGUCUGAGCUCCCCUCUGACCAGGAUUGGGAGAUGAUGGAAGAUCAGGGUUUGGUCGAGAAUUUUAAGGAGAUCGGGGACCUGUGGGGUCAGCUCGGUGGUCGCUUGGCCGGGUUCAACACCCAUGCUUUGGCUAACUUGAAGAAGGAGAGAGAUUUCUCUAUCGCUAAUCAUGCCAAAGCAGUGAAGUUGGAGAAGGAUCUUGAUGUAGAGAGGUCAGCCCGGGAAGCGUUGGAAUCGAGUUUGGCUACCAGAGUCAAGGAGGCUGAAGUUCGUAAGGAAGCUGAGCUCGGGCAGAGAGUCAAAGAUGCUGAGGCCCGGGCUGAGGGCGCGGAGAAGAAGGUUACCGGGUUGGAGCAGGAGGUGGCUGGCUUGAAGCAGGAGUUGGAGACCCGGAAAGCGCCUGCGGAGGUCAUCGCCGACUUUCAAAAGUCGAAGGUUUAUGAGGAUGCCCUGGCCAAGGCCGCAGCUGCUGAAGUCAUGCGCUGCUGGACUGUGGCUGAGAAGCAUAUCAAAACUGACCUGGGUGCUAAUGCUCAAAGCUUCAUUGACUUAUACAUUGCUGUGAAGAACAGAAUCAAUGCAGGUGGGGCGGAGCCCGAGCCUUAUGCUGUCCCGGGUCAGGAUGUGGACUCGGAUUCUUCGACUGAAUCCGAACCGGUGGAUGAAGAGAUUCCUGUUCAAGAUCCUCUUGCCGAUGAUCAUCUCGUCCAAGACUCUCCUCCUGCUUAG